GGUGGUGGGUGGUGGUCAUCUACAUGUAUCUGCCCAUGGCUUCCGAGCUGAACUGGCAAAGAUUCGAUUCACAGCUCUGCAAGAAGCCUUGAGGAAAGAAGACACGCUCGACCAUUGGCAUUGAUUACUCGGUAACCUGAAGCUGAACGCAGCUAGCUAGCUGGGUGUGCGAGUCGAAAGAGAAGCAACUGAGUGAUCGAUUGAUUGACUGACUGACGGAGUAAAAGUUGUACUGGAAACGAUGGAAGACCAGGCCGAGACAGAGUUUGACUUCGAGGUGGAAGAGCUGCAACAGUUUGUGGGCGGAAGAGGCACAACAACCGCUGAUGACCCGGAAGAGGACGGCCAUGAGUCUCUGGGUGCCAUUCGGGCUGCCAUGACUCGAGGAUUCAGUAGUACGCGUCGUGCUUCCUCUCGAGCACUCGGUGGUAGCUCUCAUCACGAUCGUCGUUCGUCCCUAGGACGAUCGAGUUCGGGCAUGGGCAACAGCAGUCACACCGAUCGCUAUCGACGCCAUGCUACGGCUCCCGCACGUUCCAGUUCGAGCAGCGUCAAGCUGUGGCAAGCAAGAGGCUCCAUUGUGGCAGAUAAUGUGGAUCAGAGCACCAAUCUCAUGUCGGCUUCGUAUCAUACCAAAAAAGUUGGCAACAGCGGCGGCGGCGGCGGUCAUUGGGGAGAUCGAAGUUGGACUGACAUUUUCCUGGAACGAGAUCAUUCCGGAUCGGGAAGCAUGGAGGAUUCCUUUGCGAGUGUACGCUAUGGAGAAACCAAGGUCCGAGAAAAAGUCAAAAUCAAAAAAUGGCCCGUCUUUCUGGUCUUUUUGAUCACAGGUCUCGCUCUCACCAUACUGCUGCUCGUCAUUCCCAUGGGAGGAGUCAUCCUGAACAGCAGCAGCAACUCGUCAGCAUCAUCCGAAAGCACAAAUGAUCAUACGGCUCAGGUGACUCCCAGCCCAGAGACCAACAAUCCACCAACUCCGUCCGAGCCAGCCACAGAAGAAGAGGAAGAAGAACCAGCAGAGAAAGAACAAGCCAAAGAAGAAGUGGAACCGUUGGAAGAUGACGCAGAACGGCUGCAGGCACUGGAAUCACUGUUCAUGGAUCUGGAUAUCACCCCUAAGUCAGAACUGCAAAAGGAGGGAAGCGCAGCAAACAAGGCACUACGGUGGAUUGCCACUGAAGAUACUGCCAAAAUAGUACCAAACACAGACAACAAGGAAGUCCUUGUGCAGCGCUAUGCCCUUGCAGUCUUCUUCUUUUCCCAACAACAACACGAAAACGAUGAUGUUGGUACAACAGCAGCAAAGCGAGCAGGGGUGGGCGGAAGGCGACUAAAAAGUCUUGAGCCACAACAAAGACGCAGGAUGGAGAACACUGACAGAACAGUUCUAGACAAGACUUGGCUCACGGAAGGAUCCAUCUGUCAGUGGCAUGGCAUUUUCUGUGAUGGAGAUGAGAAGCACUUGGUACAUGAAAUCUAUCUUUCGCGAGCCAAUUUGGUGGGGACAAUUCCAGAAGAACUGUUCCUCGCCAUGCCUUCCCUCCAACGUCUUGAUUUGACUCACAAUCAGUUUCAUGGAAAGUUGCCCUCGCAGCUGCCGUCGUCCUUGCAAUUGGAGCACUUAUUGCUGGGACAUAACCAAUUGACUGGAUCAGUUCCUCGUAACAUUCUACAGGAAUUGCCCACUUUGAAGGAACUUGUACUGGUCAAUAAUAGUUUGACAGGAGAACUGCCCGAAGCAACAGAUUCAGUCAAUGACAAUCUGCAAGUCUUAUCGUUGGCUGCCAACCAGUUGAAAGGAUCCAUCCCUAAGUCAUAUGGACAAGAACUGCCGAGCUUGAAGAAAUUCAACUUGGAUGGAAACAGUGGCAUCCGGGGAAGCGUCCCCACAGAACUGGGGCUUCUGUCAAACCUGGAACGGUUGCAGUUGCAUGGGACCAGUCUCACAGGUGAAAUGCCACAGCAAGUAUGUACGCUCCAUCAGAGCUCGUCCUUGAGAUAUCUUGUCACAGAUUGUACCAGUGGAGAGAUCCAAUGCGAUUGUUGUACGCGUUGUUUCUAAGCAUGAAAGCGCAUGCUGCAUGUACGAAUAGAGGGAUGGACCUUCUGAGGCGACACAUGCUAUUGGCGCUGGCAAGCAGCUGUCUGUGGUUGUCAUCAUGGUCUAGCAAAAAUUUCUAUUAAGUUACAAGCUGCGAUUUGGUUGU